CUCUCAUUCACCUGCACCCAUUAAUCCGUCACGAGUCGCUUGACCCAUCCUCGACCGACCUAAUCUCUCAUUCCUUUUCCUCAGCGCUGGCGAAAGAGACUUCCCUACGGUCGGCUUUGUUUCUGGACUGGAUUGCCAGCCCAUUAGGACGUGGUAGCAACCGGAAACCAUAGAGGAAUCACGAGGAAGUUUAGUCUCGCGAUCGGAAAACACCGAACUCCACCUAUUGUUGGUUGGAUCACCCUUCCUGGCUACUUCGACCCAUCGCGCGCAGUUCUGGCAUGCUUUAGGGGCGUUGACCUCGGAACCAUCGCGUGUCUCAUUGUCGGUCAGCAUCGUCACUUCUGAUUGUCGACUUGAUUACGAGCAUGCUUGUCGCCCUUCCCGCAUCUGUUCGGAUUAUCUGCUUGGUCUUGUGACGUAGUUAGGCCACCUCUUUCUGCGAGGACGUUGUCCGACCGUCGACGAGAUCAAAUGGCAGUCUUUGAUGGAAUCGGGUCUUCGUUACGACCCUGUCUCGCCUUCUGGAUAGUGCUGGCGACCAUCAUCAGCCCUGGAGCUUCUCAGUUCUGUUCUUUCUGGAGUGGUAAUUGUGUUGAUGCGCUGGCACAAACCGCCGUCUCUUUUCAAUUCCCUCCGCUCUUCACCGACAACCUCAACCUUUACUAUGGAUUCGAUGCCAAUGCGCGAGGAAAAGGUCAACAGCCCAUGACCAAGGUCAGUUAUUGGCUCAGCUAUGGAGGCAACAUCGACAACUCCAUCAUCAUGGGAAACCACACCACCGAAAUCGGCUUGCGGGUGGGCAAUUUAACCGGCACACCUUCGGGGUCCAACAAUGGGUGCGAUGGCGUCUGGGGCCCGCAAUGCUCCACCGACCUGAAGGCAUUAUUGACCGAGGCCCUCUACGGCCUCACCAGCAGUGGGGAAUACUAUACAUUUCCACUGCAAACCGUCCUGAGCCAAAUGCUUUUGAAGAGACCCCACCUCCCGAGUUGUUUCCCGCAGCUGUUCGACGUUGGUGGCAUCCCUACUAUGGCGUUCGUUCAAGAGACUGGUCCCGACCAGACUGCGACGUUCCAGACCGCCGGGUCGAGCAACAACCCGUGGAGGACAUGGUUCCUCGACAACAUGACAGCCCAUGAGCAAGCUGCGCAGGUCGCAGUUGCCAUCAUUAGUCGCGCGCCUGCGUACGAUGGCCUACUACCCCAACAGAGUGGUGAUGUGCAAGUGGAGCUUGUUUGCACUCAGGCCCCUUCUUCCGGGGGCUCCUCAUCUGCAAGUAGCGGCUCAUGAGACCUCUGCAUGUGGUUACUUGGUUCCUUCUCCCCAAGUUCUGAUGCCUAGAAACACCAAGGCAUACAAACAACAUCAUGGCCUCUGUGCCCUAUCAUUUAUGACCGCCGCGCACGGUCAUCCAUUGCGCACAG